AGGGUAAGAUUAGGAAAAUGUAAAACUACUUGAUCAAGACGUUCAAAUUUUUAUUGAUUGCUCAACGUUGCUUAACUAUUAACCAACGACUAUAUCUAAACGUCGCAUCACGAUUUAUUGUUAAAUUCAAUUCUCCUUCGUUGUUCUACAAAUCCUCACGUGCAACUCCUGUGAACACUGUCACCGGCUCAGUCUACCGUCAGGGACAGUUAUUUACAAACGCAAAGUCCGUAUUCAUCGUAAGAGAGAGUCACGUUUUCUGUGAUUUCUUUCUUAAAGUCAAGAAACAAAGUGUUGCUACGAACGAACGUACGUUCGUUCGACGAAUCUUACAUCUGAUUCUGAUAUUUGUACAAAAUCUCGAAGAUGUUGAGGAUAUCGAAAGCCUCGUAUUUGCGUCAGUUUGGAAUAAGACAAUAUUUGAAGUAUAAAAAUGUUUGUUCGAGAAGUCUGGCAACUACUGUCCCAAGAUAUCAAAUAAGUGAACUGGAUACCAGCAAGUUUCAGAAGGGAGACAUUAUCCAUGGUUUCAUGGUAGACGAAGUUGCGAAAGUAGAUGAGUUUUAUUUAACUGCAGUGCGACUCACCCAUUUGGGAACUGGGGCACAGUACAUGCACUUAGCCAGGGACGACAGUAACAAUGUAUUCUCAGUUGGAUUUCGUACGACCCCGAAGGAUUCUACAGGUUUACCUCAUAUCCUAGAACAUACCACCCUCUGCGGUAGCGAAAGGUAUCCGUGUAGAGAUCCGUUCUUCAAAAUGUUAAGGAGAUCGUUAGCUACGUUCAUGAACGCCAUGACUGGUCCUGAUUACACGAUAUAUCCAUUUUCUACACAAAAUAUGAAGGACUACCGAAAUCUGCAAUCGGUAUACAUGGAUUCUGUGUUCAAACCAAACUUGAGGGAGCUUGAUUUCCGGCAAGAAGGAUGGAGAUUGGAACACGCGGACGUUAACGAUAAGAAUUCGCCUAUCGUUUUCAAAGGAGUGGUCUUUAACGAGAUGAAAGGCGUUUUCAACGAGAAUCAAACGAUAUUAGCUGAAGAAAUGUUGAACCGCAUUCUACCUAGUCACACUUACUCGGUGAUCUCUGGAGGAGACCCUCUCGUCAUACCUACGUUGAGAUACAUCGAUCUGAUCAACUUCCAUCGAACGUACUAUCACCCCUCUAACUCGCGAUUCUAUUCAUACGGCAAUUUCCCUUUGGAAGAUCACUUGAAAUUCGUGAACGAUCGAUAUCUGUUCUUAAUGGACAAGAUCGACACGUCCAUGUCGCGAGUUCCUUCGGAGAAACGUUGGGAGAAUCCGAACAAGGAACACGUUAGGUGUAGACCGGAUCCGAUGGUCGCAGAUCCUACUCGACAGGGAAGUAUAGCUAUCGGUCAUUUGUGUAACGACAUAACUGAUACGCAGAAAACUUUCGAGUUACACGUUCUGUCUCAACUUCUCUUAAGAGGCCCGAAUUCGGCGUUCUAUAAAUCUUUGGUAGAGUCGAAACUAGGCGUUUCCUUCGGGCCGAUGACGGGCUUCGAUUCUCAUUGCAAGGACACUAUGCUCGUCGUGAGCCUGCUCGGUGUCAAACCAGAGUCAUUCGAAAAAGUAGAGCGAGUUUUUAAUGAAACUGUACAGAAAGUCGUCGAGGAAGGAUUCGUAGAGAAUCACGUCGAGGCUGUCCUGCACACCAUCGAGCUUCAAUUGAAACAUCAAACGUCUAGCUUCGGAUUGCAGCUACUCUUCAAUCUAACGCCGUUAUGGAAUCACGAUGGGAAUCUGAUCGAAGCAAUGAGAAUCAAUGAAUCGAUACUUAAAUUUCGAGAGGCACUUAAGAAUGAUCCUAAUUAUCUUCAAAACUUGGUGAAAACGUAUUUAAUGGAAAAUAAUCAUAGACUGACGUUGACCAUGUUACCGGAUGAGAAGUACGACGCCGAGAAAGCGGCUGCCGAACGCGAGCUGUUAGAAUCUAAGUUGAAACAGUUUACUCAAGAAGAAUUGGACCAGAUUUAUAUCGACGGGCAGAUUUUACUCGAGGAACAACAGAAGCAGGAAGAUGAGACCGUCCUUCCGACGUUGAAAAUCGAGGACAUAAAAGAAGAUGUGGAACGAUACAAGCUGGAGGACACGAAGAUCGUCGGGGUUCCGUUACAAAUUGCCACCGAGCCGACGAACGGCGUUUCUUACUACCGUGGAGUUCUCAACACUCAGGCGUUGCAGCCGGAAUUGAAAACGUUGCUACCGAUUUUCAACAACGUCGUCUCGAAAAUGGGAACGGAGAGCUACAAUUACAGAGAUUUCGAUCAGAUGAUACGACUGAAGACCGGGGGCUUAAACUUCAUGAACCACAUCGUCGAGCGUAAAGAUAAUUUGUUAGAGUACGAAGAAGGUGUGAUGAUAGAAUCGUAUUGCCUCGAUCGAAACGUGGAAGACAUGUGGAACUUAUGGUUGGAGCUGUUUAACAAUGUCAGGCUGUCCGACGUCGAGAGGUUCACCACGCUGGUUAAAAUAAGCGCCGCAGAUUUGGUGAACGGGAUCGCGGAUCUAGGACAUACUUACGCGAUGAGUAGCGCUGGCAGUUUGGUUUCGCCGGUCACUAGGUGGAAAGAGCUUUUGUCGGGAUUGCAGCACGUAUCAAGCAUGAAGAAGAUAGCACAGAUGCAGGACUUGAGUCCUGUGUUAGGCCAGAUGCAGGAGAUAGCUAAUUACAUUUUGAACAAGGGACAUUUAAGGUCGGCGAUCAAUUUAGGUAAAACUAACAAGGAGAACAUAUUGGGAAGCAUGGAGCAGUUUUAUAAUUCAUUGAAAGCAACGCCUAAAGAGACGGACAUCUCCGUGUUCGAUCGACACAUAGACACGGACGUCAAAGCUAUACAUUAUGUACUACCGUACUCUGUAAAUUACACGGCUAAAGCGAUUCUCACCGUACCGUACACGCAUCCAGAUUUCGCACCGUUGCAAGUGCUCUCCAAGCUGCUCACGUCGCUUUACCUGCACCCGGAGAUCCGAGAGAAAGGCGGAGCGUACGGCGGCGGUGCGACGAUGUCCACGGACGGAAUCUUUGCCUUUUACUCUUACAGAGAUCCUAAUUCUACCCGCACCUUGGACCUGUUCGAGAAAGCGCACGACUUCUUGUCGAAGCAUCCGUUACCCGAAACCGAUAUCAACGAGGCGAAAUUAGGAAUAUUCCAACGCAUCGACGCGCCAAUCUCCCCGAGUAGUCGCGGAAUGAUCAAGUUCAAGUACAAUAUCACGGAGGACGAUAUCCAGCAGCAAAGGCUGAGAUUGAAAGCUGUGACCAAAGAACAGCUUCUAGACGUUGCUAACAAAUAUUUGCUACCCGAUCAAAAAGACAUUAGAGUAGGACGCGCGCUGAUCGGGCCGGUGAAUCACGAUUUAUUGAGCAGGCAUUGGGAGAAUUGGAGGGUCGAGAAUCAAGAAGAGGAAACUCAAGCAAGAGCAGCCGAAUGAUCGUUUCAAAUAAAUGCUACUAUUCUUAAUUGAGAGUAUCGAUGGAUAUAUAAUUUAUAUAAAACAGUGCGCGUAAUAUUUUCGUGACGGUUUUUAUAUCCUUGCAGCGUGGAGCAUAGUGUCUUGUAAAACAAUAAACAUUAUGCAAAAUUGCUAUUAUAUAUAUAUAUAUAUAUAUAGAUACGUUAUUACAAUAAAUUAUACAUGUAGACAAAGAA